GUGUUGAAUCCAGAGCGUCUUCCCACGAAGAACCUUCCUGAGGUCGGGAAGAUCGAGCCCAGCGUGUUGGCAGACGAGGAGAAAGAGUUCUGACCUCUGAACCUAGAACGGAGUGGCCUGUGCCGCUCAGUGUGUGGCACCUGGACGUGGAGAGCAGAGGGAGUGAGGGGCCUGGGGCAGUGGGGCGGACAGUGAUGCUUUCUUUCUGAGCAGGAGUUGGGAUUUUCAAGGGCACAUGGUGAGCACUUGCAAAAGCAGUCCAAAGGGCGGAUAGGUAGGGAGAGAUUAAAAUGUUCCAGAAGGACAGUGAUCAGAAGGGCAAUUGGAAACUUCAUGCCCGAGAGGCUGGAGGCCAGACUGAGAGCACAGCCUUCCUGAUCCAGGACGCCGGAAUCUUCUGAUCCCAGCCUGUUUCUGUUUGGUCUCUGCAAAGCCAUGUGGCUGUACCUGGCAGUCCUCGUGGGCCUGUACUACCUCCUGCGCUGGUACCGGGAGAGGCAGGUGGUGAGCAACCUCCGAGACAAGUACGUCUUCAUCACGGGCUGUGACUCGGGCUUCGGGAACCAGCUGGCCAGGCAGCUGGACCUGCAAGGCUUGAGGGUGCUGGCCUCGUGUCUGACGGAGAAGGGGGCCGAGCAGCUGAGGGACCGGACGUCAGACAGGCUGCAGACGGUGAUCCUGGAUGUGACCAAGACAGAGAGCAUCGCUGCAGCCACCCAGUGGAUAAAGGAGCGCGUGGGGGACAGAGGACUGUGGGGCCUGGUGAAUAACGCUGGCAUCGCUGCACCCAUCACACCCAGUGAGUGGCUGACCAAACAGGACUUUGUGAAGAUCCUCGACGUGAACCUGCUAGGGGUGAUCGAGGUGACCCUGAGCCUGCUGCCCCUAGUGAGGAAGGCAAGGGGCCGAGUGGUCAAUGUCUCCAGUGUCGUGGGUCGAUUGUCCCUUUUUGGUGGGGGCUACUGCAUUUCCAAGCAUGGCGUCGAGGCUUUCUCGGACUCCCUCAGGAGGGAGCUCUCCCACUUUGGGGUGAAGGUGGCUAUUAUCGAGCCUGGUUCCUUCAAGACCAGCCUGAGCAAUAAUAACAGAAUUUCUCAGAGCUUCCGGGAGGCAUGGGAUCACGCCAGCCCAGAGGUCAAGGAGAUCUAUGGGGAGAAAUUCUCUGCAUCCUUCAUAAAAUCAACUAAAAUCUUGGCGCCAAAGUGGUCUCAGGCUGUGUCCUUGGUGACAGACUGCAUGGAACAUGCCCUGACCGCCUGCCACCCCCGCACCCGAUACUCAGCUGGCUGGGAUGCCAAGCUCUUCUACCUCCCCAUGAGCUACAUGCCCUCCUUCUUGGUGGACGCCAUCUUCUACUGGAGCUUCCCAAGGCCCGCCAAGGGCCUGUAGCCCAAGCCUGGGGUGCUGGUAUGGUGAAGCUGAGCUCAGUGUGAGGGAGGGAUACACAGGGGGAGGGAAAUAGAGUGGGGAGAGGGGCUCUCAUGUCACUAGGGGAACACAUUUCAGCCCGCUCCCUCCCUCCUCCCCAGUCUUCUCCUGGGACAUUACUCAAGAAUCUGGGGGUAUAAGGAGGAAAGAACCAAAUUGUAUAGCUGAGGAACUGGGACCCAUUGCACACGUUAUCAUCUGAUCCUUAAGAGGCCUCUCAAGGCUCUGAGCCUCAGGGCUCUUCUGCCACCCUCAGGAUCCACACUUUACAGAGAUUGUGAGCAGCUGGGGGACACUCAGCCUCACCUGAGCCUGCUCUGACUCUGUCCUCCUCGUCAGUUGUGCCUUGGCCCUGGCAUGUCUUCUGCUCCCACAGGAUGGAAAGGCCUGAAGAAGGUGAAGUCUCUUCUCCACUGAAGACAUCUGUGGACAGAGGUGGAGGUGUGGAGGGUGACCAACAGCCUGACCCCUCAGCCUCAGGUCCAAGUCAGCAGACCUUGCUGGAAGGUGGUGUGCUCAAUAGGGUUCCUGACAGAGGACACAGAAAUCAACUUUUGAUUUGUCUGGAAAGCAUGGAUUUCCAUUCCUUAUCUUUGCUUUAAAAUAAAAGUUGAAAAGUUUA